AUGUGCUUGUUGCGUCAGACCUCCGAGGAGCGGCGCCUGAGGCACCUCGUUGGUCUGGCCAUCGAUCUGAACACCGCCGAGGCAAGCGUUCUGCAGGGAGAGGAGGCACGCCCCGUGGUUGCUACUAUGAAAGGCCUGGCUGGCCAGCUUGCGACGGUCGGGCCGGAACCUUUGUCGGUUAUCGACGAUGCUAAUAACCAGAUGUUCGACCUGAAGGCUCAGGAGUCAAACCUCCAACACGUACUCCUAGGGCGCAAUCGUGACCUCGAAGCGCAAGUAGCACAAGAAAAAGACCAGAACUGGUCUCUGGGGGGAAGGGCAGGUGCUUCUCUGGAACUUCAGAAAUCCCACCUUCUGCAGCGCAUCAAGGUGCACAACAAGUUCAUGGUGGACUUGCUGGGCUUCAUGGACAAGAAGAAGGCGGUGGUGAGGCGCGCCGUACUUCGCUUGGAGGCUGCUCUAGCGACGUGCGAUGCACGGGAUAAGGUUAUUUCGGCUGCAGACGAGAGAGUGGCCAAGGACAUAUUAGAGCUAGUAGAUCGCGCGCAGAACAAGGAACCAGUCGCAGCUCCGGUGGAACCCCCCGCUAACUCCGUCACCACGGCGCUCAACAAGUGGGUCGAAGGAAGCUUCUUCAAACGGUUCGUGGCGCGCACCAUGGCAAGGAACAACGUGGACGCCACCUUCUUGGCUACACGAGCUCUGUCGCCGGUGGAUACGUGGUACGUGCUAUCCACUUGCCUGGGACGAGGAACUUUCGGUGGCGUCUUCAAGAUAGACGUCCUCACCCUGGGGGAGAGCUUCGCCAUGAAGCUAAUCAAUGAGCCAUUGCAAAGCGUUCGAUGA